CCGUCAGUUGGUGCCCGGUCGCCGCGCUGCGCGUUUGCCCCGGCCCGUACGUUCGAAACAUAGUACACAUAUUGAAUUUCACGCGAAAAUUUGAUAUCGUAGUCUAUCUUGUGUUUCCAAGUGUUUGAAAAGUUCGUGCGUUUACGGUAAAGCUCGCUUUACUUCUGUGCUUGAAAUAUUUAUUUACCGCUGUUGUGUUUUUGUUUGAGUGUUUUUAGUUUCGACGUUAUGUUUUGGUAGAAUACAAAAAUGUAGAUGUGAAAAAAAGUUUUACCUACAGUUGGGACGAUGUCAGUUGACCAGGCAUCCCCUCUUGUGCCCAUCAAGCCACAAGUGUCUCUGCAGAACAGUGCGCUGAUUAAAAACAGCCAUAAUAGGAGCAGUUUCUGUGGAGCGAUUCCGUCGCCGACAAACGGCAAUGGGACGUUCAAAACUUUCGCCGUGAACCGUAAGAGUUGGAGCGGGAACGUGACGAUUCCACUCCAACAGUUCAGCCCCGACACCCAAACCCCCCAGCUCGGGACCUUCCGCUCCGGCACCGGGACGUUCCCGAGGAACAGGGAGCGGAACAAUAACGGCUCCAACGGAAUAUUAACACCUAACGGGAACUCGGUGCAGGCGUUUAGAGGAAAUGAAGUGCGGAGGAGCGGAUGUACUAACGGCCGGCGCUACGCUGAGAUCGGAAACUGGAGUAAAAGAAAUGCGACGUUCCUCGAACCUCACCUGCAAGGCGUGAGGCGGCGGGACAGUAGAAGCUCAGACUCCGAGCACGAUGAGCGCUCCACGGAAGACGACGAGCGCUCCCUCAUCCGGAGCUCGCCCCGCACCCGGCUGCCCCCUCCCCCACCCCCGCCGCCCGAUGACGAGCCUCCCCCGCUGAAGCCCAGGGAAUUCUUCGAGAGACUCCAAAGCCAAGCGAUGCGGGAGGCGCAAGACCGCAAAAGGAGGGAUCUAUCACUGAAAGAGAGCCAAGUGUUCCGGCCGGUCGACGCUGAUGAUAGUCUUGGGGACAGCUUAAGUCAGAGCCGAGAAAGCCUCUCAUCCGAUGGCGAAGGUGUACGCGGCGACUGUUCAUCAGUGGAUUCAUCGUCCGGCUCAGAGGAGCAGCCUCCGUGUGACAUCGGCCUGCUAGAGCGACUGAUUAGAACACACCCCGUCUGGUUCCUUCCUGGCAUCCAGAGGGCCGGGGCAUUCCAUCUUCUACAGGGGAAAGAGGAAGGGAACUUUGUGGUUCGGCAGUCGAGUCAGCCCGACACGAUGGCGAUCAGUGUCCGGUUGCCGGCGGACAAGGGGCCGUAUAUCGAACACUACCUGAUACAGGCCUCGGGGGGCCGUAUAGGCCUCGAGACUUCGCAUAACCGAUUCGAUAAUAUACCGGAGUUGAUUGCGCAUUAUUCUCAGUGCUGUGAUGAAUUACCAGUCCAGCUUCAAUUACCACGUCCCCUCCGCGAAGCAAAGAGCAGACACCAGCUCAGCUCCCUGGCCUUGCUGGGCCAAGAGUUCUGGGGCUAUCCCAUGGCUAACCCAAAGAACAACCCGCAGAAUCUGCUCUCUCCCAGUCAGUCAAACGGCGUCGUGCCUAUGGCUGUGACGCCUUCUGACACGGGAUCUAGUCUAAGCAGUUUUAAUGCAAGUAUAGGAACAAACUCAAGAGAACAAAUACUCAGUCCAGAUAAAGACCAAAAUGUCGUGCUUAAGAUGUCAUCAAUAGAUGCAUCAGGUUCCCCUCCGAGUCAAAACCAGAACCUCAGCACUUUUAAGGGUAGACAGGCCCCUUCACCACCUGCGAAACCCAAUGGAGCGUUCAUUCGUGCUCCCAGGCCGACCCCACCUAAUACUUUAAGCCUCAUGUCUAGUACCGCUCAUAUAACACAACCUCAUACAUUCCCUACCACCACCACGCAACAUUCUCCCACGCAGUUAGGCAGUGCUAAGACCACUCCUCCACCGCCGCCUCCUCGAUGGGCUAAACCUCCUUUCCCAAAAUCCCUGUCACCCAAGAACGAGGUUUCCGCUUUCAACCCCAUUAACAAAGCAUCAAACGGAAACAUAACAGUCACGACAACAGUCACGUUUAGCGUCAAUAACACUCAGAUCCACAAUCACCAAAUAAAUGAAAGUAUUCGGAGUGAUCGCCUACAACUAACGCUUGCGUCUAACGCUAUCAACAAUAACAGUACGACGGAUGUGUUCACCAUCAUGGACGAUUCAAAAGCUUAUGACGAAUGCAACGAACAGAACUUGAUGCACCGCAUGUCGCCAGAGGGGGAGUGCAUCAGUACCAUGGCAGCUAAUUUGCACGGCAGUUUAAAACGACAAAUGAUUGAGCAGAACACUGAACCUGGAUCGCCGUUAGAACCGCAAUCUCAAACGAAUACUUCCGACUCCGCCGACCCGCUGGGCAAUAGUUUGACUAAAUCUAACAACAGUUUUUCACCUAAUCAGUUAGUUUCACCUAAUGGUACCAAUUCAGUUACCAGCGGUAUUUUCUCUCCUACAAGUCAAAUAAAUUCCCCAGUAUCCAACGAUACUAUUUCAUCCAAAAGUGGUGUGUUUUCUCCUUUAAGUCAAACGAAUAAAAGUGAGAUUUUCUCACCUGUUUCGAGAAGUUCUCCUUUAACGAAUAAGCAUGUGUUUUCCCCGACGUCAAAUCAGUCUAUGGUCUCACCUAUGAACGGGAAAGAGAGAGAUAAAGUGUUGUCCCCAAACUCUAAUACUACGUCGACUACGCCGUCUGGUCGAUCCAGGAGGAGUAAGCACUCCCUGCGAAAGGAAUCCAGGCAUUAUCAGGAAUCUGACAUCUUGGAAUCACCAGGCGUGUAUUAUCGAAGUUCGUUGAUGGAUAAAGUAUCUGAUUAUGAAGAUAUUUGGGGACCAGAAAGCAAUAAUUGUUCUUCUUUCAAACCUUUGAAAUCAGAGAGUGACAAUAACGUCCACAAUGGACUAAUGAAGAGUAAAAGACCUGAUCUCCUACCAGACACAUUACCAAAAUUGAACGCAGCAAAAAGUACACAAUCUAUUCUUGAAAAGGAGAAUAUACAUAUACUGAAUUCAAACGAAAACUUAAGUGAAAAACGAAAACUUUCUGAAACUUCACUUAAAAACAGUUUCAACGGUUCAAACGAGCUGAUUGCGACAACCAACAGCAAAGGAGAUAUAAUACCAAAGAGGCCAGAUAAACUUAGCAUUUCUAUGAACAUGAAUAAGAAAUUGACUGAAGAAAUCGAAGCCACAUUUAAAAAUUCUGAGAAUCAUAAUACUGAAAGCAUGGAAACGGUGAAAUUAGAAGAUGAUUGCGUUAAACAAAUGAAUGGCGGUGACUCUGAUAAAGAUAAUGCUGGGAGUCCAUUCUACGCAGAUCCUGUGGAUACUCUAAAAGAAGCAGCGUUACCACAGGUGCAACGUCGUAAACUCCUUCGAGUUGGCGUCAGUUUAUCGCAGAGGUACUCGGAGCCACCUCACAACCAUCCAUACUACCCGCUUCGUGAUAUGCAUAGCAUAGAGGAAUUAUCACCUUCAUCGCCAAACACUUCAACGUCGGUGGACAAUCUGGUAUCUCUCCGGAGUAAGCCGAAGAUCAAACCAGUACAGCCGCCGCGCGUCGCCAACAAACCACCUUCUGGCAAAACUGAUACGUGGACUGUAGACGCCAGCUGGGAAUUCAUUAACAAGAACGACGAAGGUUCGAACAGCGAAAGCGGAACGUUUCCAUCGCUGGCCGAGCAGGAGACGAGGUUGAGCGGAGUGGACGACGGGGCGCAGCAUUUGACGGUGCAUCAGGUUGUUGCUCAAAGGUUUCCCGAGCUUCACCUGAACUCAGAACCAGUGGCGCUACCCGAGGAGCGCCCUCCGCCGCGCGCCUCCUGCUAUGAUAAUGUACAUGAUCUCAGACCGUUAUCCGAACAGGCAAGCGAUGACGGCACAGUUUUUUCAGAGCCUUGGGAUAGCGCACAAUGGGAUGGACUUCUGCCCUGCCCCGGUCCUCAAUCCCUUGAUAUGGACGAGCCUUGCGAAUGGGAGUCCCCUAUCCCGAGACGAGCGCCUUUGGAGGCGACGCGGGCUAAGAGCUUUAGGGAUCGAUUAGAUCCCCUAUUAGCUGCGGGUCGCGUGCGCGCACUUCGAGGUGGUCGUUCAACGCGGGGCGCGGGCGCAGCGUUGCGCGCUUAUGCUCUUCAUCUCGCGCAGGACAAGAGCACGACUUUCGCGCAGAAUGUCGACAAUUUCAUCGCAUGCACUCUUGACUCUAAGGAGACUUGUCCGCAGGUGAUGAUGCGCAAUAUGAGGCAGUUUAUGUCUGGAAUGAAAAAUUAUCUUGUGAAGCAUGGAGAGCGAGAGUUCGAGAAAGAAGUUGAAAAAGAGAGGCUCAAGUUGAAAUCGACGGAGUUCCUGAACCUGGACGCCAUAUUAGAGGGUGUGAUGCACCGGCUGGUGGUGCGGCCGCUGCGCGCGCGCCUGUACACGCUGCUGGCGGCGUGGCACGCGGCCGACGUGCGCCGCCUGCACGCCGCCGUCGAGCGCGCGCAGCACGCCACGCCGCUGCAGCUGGGCGUAAAGGAAUCCACGAAAGUCCCGUCUUCAGCGGUCUUGGCAGUGAUUUCGAAGCACUUCCUCAAGAUGCAAGAGGCGGACUCUCCAUUGGACAAACUAGAAAACCUUCUCGCUGCGAUAUCUGUUAUGUUCAAUGCGCUGAAAAGUCAACCGUGGUCGGCCACCGCGCCCGGGCGACUGACCGGCGCAAAGACACUCAUGCACCCCUAUGGGAUACGGAUUCGUGGGGAGCGCGCGCUCGGGGCCGACGACCUCCUCCCGGUGUUGGCGUGGACGGUGGCUCGAUGCCGACUCGUCUGCGCCGAGCUAGAAGCUGAACUCAUGGCCGGACUCCUACCUGCUGCGCUGUUGGCCGGGGAGGGAGGAUACUACCUCACUGCGCUGUUUUCUGCCGUGGCAGUGCUGAAGAGAUUGGCACCGGAACCCGGUCCAGAUAGUGCAACACCGUGGCGGCGCGGGUCCGCGGAGAGCUCGGCGGGCGGGUGCUGCGUGGUGCGCGUGGCGCUGCCGGACGAGUGCCGCGGCUCCAUCCGCCGCGUGGCGCUCCCGUGCCGCCCCGGCGCGCGCGCCCGCGACCUGUGCCGCGCGCUGGCGCACGCCGCCGCCAUCACCAACCCGCAGGACUACGCGCUCUUCGCGCUGCACGACGAGCAGGAAACAAUGCUAAACGAGAACGACUGCCCCCAAGAAGUUAUGGCCGAGAAGAACGGGCAGAACUUUAUCCUGGCUUACAAGAGGAUAGACGCCAAAAUCGCGUGGCCACAGCAGGCGCUACUUUCCUACCCCUAAGCUGGUCGAAUAUGCUAACCCUGUCUGACCCAUUGUUUUUGGAUAAACUUCGACAAUGACAGAUAUAUGCGUUAACCUGUGUAACGUCGUAGUCAGUAAUUUUAAUCCAGAGUUUGUGUAAAUGAUUUUCUGAACAUUAACUUUUGCUGGUGCAUGCGAGUGAAGUAAGUCAUAGUGUUGCCACCUUUAAAUUGCGUUUUCUAUCACUAUCCCUCAAAUCCAUGAUCCAUACAGCUGGAGUUACCAUAUUCGAAUUCAAUGCUACCAACACUAGGUACCUAUAAUUUCUGAAAACCCUAUGCAUUUACUCUGGUCUAAACUCUUGGAUGAAAGACAAAUAAAUAAUCUCUUAAUCGAGGAAAAGGAUCUUAAGGACUAAAAUGUGCAAUAGAUAAGUGAAAUAGAACCCCGAAACUCUCAGUACCAAUAAGUAUGUCGUGUUUACAGGAUACUCAUUCAUAGCAUAACAAAUAAUCUAUAUUUAUAACAUCUUAGCGAUAAAAUGAUAUUUUCUAACGAUAUUACCCAGCUAGAAACAUUAAAGCUUACCUUAAUGCAUAAGUACAUAAUUUCUUUAGACAGUAUUUUUUAAAUGCUACUCAACCAUAAGCGUACUAAUUGUCAUUUAAUAAUGUAGCUUUUUUACCCAAUCUUAUUAUGUAAGAAAAUAUAAUGUUUUAUACAUGCAUAUAAAACGACUGAACAAGAUUAAUUGUCUUGAAAAUACAAAUUUUGUAAAUUUGUAUGUGUGGUUUGGUUUGAUUCGACUUUGUCAUGUAUAGGAAAAAAUGUUUCUAUAGAACAAUAUGUUCUUCAUAUUCUCUUGUGUUAUAUUUAUGCUUAUAUAUAUAUUUUUUUUUCAUUUAAAGGAAUGUGUAGGUAUUUGUUCCUAAAUUUUAAGUAAACCUGAGUACGCUAAUAUUAGUAAUAUUCUUACCAAAUUGUUAUUUGAGUUUUAAAAUUUAUUUCACUAAAAUUUCUAGUUUAAAAUUUUACUUUUGAAGUAUAUUUAACUCUUUAAUACUAACUUGUUUAUGAACUGUGAUGUAAUUCGUAUUAGUAAAGUAAGGAUUUGUAUUGAUUUUGUAUAUUCGUAGAGGCGUUUCGUAAUAUAAUUUAUUUAUACUUAAUCUUAAGGAAAUGUGUUUAACGCAGUGUUGCAAGUCUGUGGAACAAAUGAGCGAAAAAUCACAGUCGCUGGUAUUUGUUCGGAAAACUAAAAAAGUCUAAGAUGAGCUAACUUUGCCUUAAUGCCACAGACAAUAUUUUUAUAGUUAGAGAACCCAGUAGAUACCAUCAUUUUAUUAUCUGUGGUAGGCGGCGAUUCAAGAUUAUGUGACGUUGAUCACACCUACAUUUUGUAUUUAUUGCAGUCUUGUAUUUUAACGUUAGUCAUAAUAACACGUAUAUUGUGUUUUGAUAACAAUUUCAGUCACUUGUGGAGAAUAAACGAAUUUUUACCAAACUCAUAA